ACCUUGAUGAAUCAUUCGUGUAUAUAUUUGUUUAUCAUUUUUAUAUGUAUACACACAAUGUGCUCUCAACUCAUCUGUACACUCACCAACAACAAUAAUUCAUGCUUGUUUUUGCGAGAGAGUAUUAAAAUCUGGCUUUAGCCGUCUUGAAUUUUCUACUUCUGCGGUCAAAGUCGCUGGGAAAUUCAAGCAGCUCAAAAGGGGUGAAGUGAAACUGAGAGAGAGGAGGCUAAAAAUCGAGUCUUGAAAUAUUUGCUGGCAUUUCCAGAGAAAGGGAGUGAGAAAAAUUGGAUCUUGAAAGCCCCCAAGAUUUGAGAUUUCAAUUAUUUCAAGUUACAUGUGACAAUCUUGUAUUAUUUGGAUCAGGGACUUCUUGAAUUUGCUUUUUCGCAAAAAGUUCAUGGAAGCCUAGCUUUGGAGAAAGGGAAAAAGAAGCUAAAAAAUGGAUUUUAUCUCAGCAAAAGAGAGGGAAAUUGUGAUUGAUAUAGAUAGAUUCAUCGAUACGAGUACAGAAGGAGGAGCUUCUUCUCUUGCAGAUGAGAAUCUAGGGAAUGUGGUUUCGAUUUCUGUGAGUGUGGACGAGAAUCCGAAAGCGGUUGAUGAGAUUUCACCGCAGACGGGGAAGAAUGGUAAACGGGAGAAGGGGAGGUCAUCGGGCAAGAAGAAGUCCUCAAAGCCUCCGCGCCCUCCAAGAGGGCUUUCGUUAGAUGCAGCCGACCAGAAGCUCAUCAGAGAGUUAUCCGAGCUAGCCAUGAUUAAACGUGCCAAGAUCGAGAGGAUGAAGGUCUUGAAGAAGAUGAGAGCAGCAAAGGCGUUGUCGUCUUCAUCAGCAUCAUCCAGUGGAAGCUUGAUGGCUCUGCUUUUCACCUUCAUCUUUUUUGCUGUCGUCGUUCUUCAAGGUUGCCACUCUUCUGGUGUGGCUCAUUCGAGUAAUUCAACCGUUGCUACUCAUGGCUCGUUGCAGUCGAGUUCAAGUGCAGGUGUACCUUUAACCAGCAAUGGAUCUCCCGAUGUUAUUAUGCAACCGGUUCUUGGUCCAGACAUAGCAAGAGGUGAUGCGGAGAAAUCUGUACAUUAAGGUCGAGACGCUCUUGCCUCUUGGAGAGAGUGUGAGACACGAGCGUGCAUAGCUAAGUUCUAUUAAACCGUUUUUUUUAGUAUAUAGGACAUCUUCACCCUUUCGCUUUGAAGCGUGUUUUACGCUAUUAGCUCUCUAAUUGAGUGAUGAGAAGUGCGUUUGUAUAGUGGAACUUGAAUGUGAGUUAGUCGGGUGCCUUGGUGCCGUCUUGAUGUUGUUGUGAUCGUAGAUAUAGACGAGUUGCAUCUCUUUUCGCAUCGUCUUGAUGGCGUUGGAACCACGGAGGAAGGCGAAUUGCCUCCCUUUCGGUGUCGCCUUGAUGAUGCUAGAGUCGUCUUUUGUUCUAAAAUCGUGUUUAUCUUGUUAAUCCACUCUGUGUUCAUUAUAUUCA